GGCGCGGGCCACUCCGCGGCGGUGCGGCAGCCCUGUCCGGACUCCACCGCGCCUCCCAGGGGCUCUGACACCAACCCAAGAUCUGUGGCCAUUUAUUCCCAUGGUUUCAAGGCACAAUGAGGGGCACUGGCUCUUGGAAACUGUGGACCUGGGUGGCAAUGUUCCUGCUUCCUGCCUGUACCUGUGUGACGGUCAGGGACAAGCCAGAAACAACCUGCCCUAUACUGAGAACAGAGAGAUAUCAAGAUGACAGAAGCAUCUUGUCAGGCUUUGAUCUGGGAGAAAGCUUUGCUUUGAGACAUGCAUUUUGCGAAGGUGAUAAAACCUGUUUCAAGUUAGGAAGCGCCCUUCUUAUCAGAGACACUGUUAAGAUAUUUCCCAGAGGCCUUCCAGAGGAAUAUUCUGUAGCCGUCAUGUUUCGGGUACGAAGAAGCACCAAAAAGGAGCGGUGGUUUUUAUGGAAAAUUUUAAACCAGCAGAAUAUGCCUCAGAUAUCGGUAGUGAUCGAUGGUACAAAGAAGGUGGUAGAAUUUAUGUUCCGGGGUGCUGAGGGAGACCUAUUGAACUAUGUUUUUAAGAAUCGAGAACUCCGUCCUCUCUUUGAUCGUCAAUGGCAUAAACUUGGCAUUGGUGUGCAGUCCCGAGUCCUUUCUCUCUAUAUGGAUUGUAAUUUAAUUGCAAGUCGACACACAGAAGAAAAGAAUUCUGUGGAUUUUCAAGGAAGGACAGUUAUUGCUGCACGAGCUUCAGAUGGCAAACCUGUGGAUAUUGAACUUCACCAACUUAGAAUCUACUGCAACGCAAACUUCCUAGCUGAAGAAUCAUGUUGUGACUUAUCCCCUACUAAGUGUCCAGAGCAAGACGACUUUGGAAGUACCACUUCAUCCUGGGUGACCUCUCACACUGGUAAAAUAUCUUCAUAUCUGCCAGGAAAGCAGGAACUUAGAGACGCAUGCCAGUGCAUUCCAAACAAGGAGGAAGCAGGAUUACUGGGAACUCUGGGAUCCUUUGGACAUAAAGGCGACAAAGGAGAGCCGGGUGAAAAUGGCUUACAUGGUACUCCAGGCUUACAUGGUCAAAAGGGAACACAAGGACUCGAAGGCAUCAAAGGAGAAAUUGGUGAAAAGGGUGAACCAGGUGCUAAAGGAGACACCGGUCUGGCUGGCCUUAAUGGACAAGAUGGUUUGAAAGGUGACUCGGGUCCUCAAGGUCCACCUGGCCCAAAAGGAGAAAAGGGUGAUAUGGGACCUCCAGGGCCACCAGCCUUAACUGACUCCAUAGGGAUACCAGGCCCCCAAGGUCCACCUGGCAAAGAAGGUCAAAGGGGAAGACGAGGGAAAACAGGACCCCCAGGAAAUCCAGGACCUCCAGGACCACCAGGACCUCCUGGGUUACAAGGACUACAACAGCCUUUUGGUGGAUAUUUCAACAAGGGAACUGGUGAGCAUGGAGCUAGUGGCCCCAAAGGAGAAAAGGGUGAUACUGGGCUGCCCGGAUUUCCAGGGUCUGUUGGCCCUAAAGGGCACAAAGGAGAACCUGGGGAGCCUUUAACAAAAGGUGAAAAGGGAGACAGAGGAGAACCCGGCCUAUUAGGACCACAGGGAAUAAAGGGGGAACCUGGAGAUCCUGGUCCCCCUGGUUUAAUAGGAAGUCCAGGGCUAAAGGGUCAGCAAGGACCUGCAGGUUCCAUGGGGCCCAGAGGACCACCAGGAGAUGUUGGAUUGCCAGGAGAACAUGGUAUCCCAGGGAAACAAGGCAUUAAGGGAGAAAAGGGAGAUCCAGGUGGAAGACUGGGCCCUCCUGGACUUCCAGGUCCAAAGGGUGAUGCUGGACCUCCAGGAAUAAGUUUGCCAGGGAAACCAGGGUUAGAUGGAAAUCCAGGAGUACCUGGUCCACGUGGGCCAAAGGGUGAAAGAGGUCUGCCAGGUAUCCAUGGUUCCCCUGGGGACACAGGCCCACCAGGAGUAGGAAUCCCUGGUAGAACAGGCUCCCAAGGACCAGCCGGAGAGCCAGGUAUUCAGGGUCCUCGAGGGCUGCCUGGGUUGCCAGGAACUCCCGGGAUGCCAGGGAAUGACGGAGCUCCAGGGAAAGAUGGAAAGCCAGGCCUUCCAGGCCCCCCAGGUGACCCGAUUGCACUUCCUCUCUUGGGAGACAUUGGCGCCCUGCUGAAGAACUUCUGUGGCAACUGCCAAGCCAAUGUCCCUGGGCUCAAAAGCAACAAUGGGGAUGAAGGAGGCGCUGGGGAGCCUGGGAAAUAUGACCCUGCAGCCAGGAAGGGUGAUGUAGGGCCACGAGGUCCUCCAGGAAUCCCAGGCAGAGAGGGGCCAAAGGGAAGCAAAGGAGAACGCGGCUACCCUGGACUACAUGGGGAAAAAGGUGAUGAGGGUCUUCAAGGAAUUCCGGGCCUCUCAGGAGCUCCUGGCCCAGCUGGACCCCCUGGCUUAACAGGAAGAACUGGACAUCCUGGUCCCACUGGAGCCAAAGGUGACAAGGGUAGUGAGGGACCCCCUGGGAAACCUGGACCUCCUGGACCCCCCGGUGUCCCACUCAAUGAGGGGAAUGGCAUGGGCAGCUUAUAUAAAAUCCAGGGAGGAGUGAAUGUUCCCAGUUACCCAGGACCUCCGGGCCCCCCGGGCCCAAAAGGUGAUCCUGGCCCAGUGGGAGAGCCUGGUGCAAUGGGCUUGCCAGGACUAGAAGGAUUUCCUGGUGUAAAGGGAGAUCGAGGCCCAGCUGGUCCCCCAGGAGUAGCAGGCAUAUCGGGAAAACCUGGUGCCCCAGGCCCUCCAGGAGCUCCAGGGGAGCCGGGUGAGAGAGGACCUGUUGGAGAUACAGGUUUUCCUGGACCAGAGGGACCAGAGGGGAAGCCAGGCAUAAAUGGAAAAGAUGGAUUACCAGGUGCUCAGGGCAUCAUGGGUAAACCUGGAGACAGAGGCCCCAAAGGAGAACGCGGUGAUCAGGGAAUUCCAGGAGACAGAGGUCCACAAGGUGAACGUGGAAAGCCAGGUCUUAUGGGCAUGAAGGGGGCUAUAGGCCCUGUGGGACCUCCAGGAAGCAAGGGCUCCAUAGGAUCACCUGGCCACCAAGGCCCACCAGGCUCUCCAGGCAUCCCUGGCACUCCGGCUGAUGCUGUUUCAUUCGAAGAAAUAAAAAAGUACAUUAAUCAAGAGGUCCUAAGGAUUUUUGAAGAGAGGAUGGCUGUGUUUCUAUCCCAGCUUAAGCUGCCAGCAGCAAUGUUGUCUGCUCAAGCUCAUGGGAGGCCUGGCCCACCAGGGAAGGACGGGUUACCUGGACCUCCAGGAGAUCCGGGGCCCCAAGGCUACCGAGGACAGAAGGGAGAAAGAGGUGAACCUGGAAUUGGGCUGCCAGGGAGUCCGGGUCUUCCUGGGUCUUCAGCAGUGGGUCUGCCGGGCUCACCAGGUGCCCCGGGGCCUCAAGGACCCCCAGGACCCAGUGGAAGAUGUAAUCCAGAAGAUUGCUUCUAUCCCGUGCCUCCUGCCCAUCAGCAGGGAGGUGGGAAGUGAAAAAGACGGAGGGAGACAAGAGUAUCUGGUGAUAUCUCCAUGCCACUUGAGCCGACAACGCGGGCUUCCCAACCACGUGCUCUCGAGGCUUACGAGCUUUGGACCGCUUUAUUUUAUUUUUCUGAUGCAGGGCAGACAUCCAAAGCAGCCAUCUGAGUCCUAUUCUGACAGUAACUGCAUUUUCAGAUGUUGCCAACUUGGUUCCAUAUGUUCUGCUUUAUGGUGGCUCUGAGUUCUACUGCUUCAUGAGAAAAAUGCAAGCGAGCCUGUCCCAGGCUCUUCGGAAGAAAUCACAUGAGAUGACUUGGUACACAGACGACAUACACUUUGUGGACUCGUCAACAUGACUAGCUUUUGAUUCCUGAAUUUUCACUUUUCUAAUUUAUCUUGCUUAUUUUCUUCGUGUUUAAAUUUAUUAUCAUUGCUCAAGAUUUUUUUCAGCUCUUUUGAGAUUGAAGUAAUACAUUACUGCUCUUGACUGUCUUAGGACUGAUUUUUACAAGAAGUCUUAUACCAUCCUCAUUCAUUCGAUUUAUACAGAAAAAAAAUAUGCAAUAAGAGAUUUGCUUUUAACUUAUUAAAAAAAACAACUAUGGGAGACUCUUUAUCAGGGAGCCCCCAAAAUCAUCAUAGCCAAC